AAACCUUUUAUUUUUUAAUUACUAUUUCAGAAACCUGUUGAUAGGUUAAAUUCAAUUUUUUUGACACAAGUGACCUAUGGCUGCACCUGUAGAUCAUGAAUUCAACAAGGAUAUGGUUGAACGAACAGCAGCAGAUUUUGCAACAUUGUUUAGUGUGACAUCACAGACAAAUAUGACUGCGAUUGAGGAAAGCAUGGAAGCUGUCAUGACUCGCCUUGAUGAAUUAUAUGGAAUGUUGGAUAUGAUUCGCACAGACAGUACAUUAGCCACUACUGAGCUCCUGCCGGCUGUGAGAGCAAAAAUGGACGCUUUGUCGCCGUUAUUUCACCAAAUAGACCAACUGGAGAAAUUUGUAGAGACAGUAUACAAAUCAGUUACAGAGAUGGAAAAAGCUGUAAAAGUUGCAGACAGUGAAUUCAGCACCUUGAACUCAAUUAAAAAAGUGGUUUCUGGUUUUUCAUUCCUUGGAAUUGGAAAGAAAACAGAACUGCAACGUCAUAAUGACCAUUCUAAUAUCAGCAUACCUGAAGCCUUUGUUCCAUCAGAAUAUUUAAAUUUAAAAAGUGCUGAUUCAUCGAAAGAGAUUAAUGAGUCCGCAGAAUAAUCUUAAAAUGUUUUGUUCAUGUGCAAUAUUUGUUGUUUUCUCUUUUACAGCUGUUAAUUUUAUUAAUGUUUAAAUGAAUGUAUUUAAUUUUUUAUGUCCCAUUUUAUUGCUGUUUUAUUAAUCUUUUUGUUCAAAAUUGUCAGUAUAUAUUUCUGUUGUACUUUUCUUGAAUUUUAGUGAAAAUUAUAUUAUAUUAUAUUUGUUUUAGUUUAAUAUAUCAUAUAUUUUUUUCUUGAGUGCCUAUGUUUGGGAAUUUCAUAAAAUGACUAAACUUUUUUACUCUCCUGAUGAAAACCUAAACGUGCUGGCAUGACUCUUUUAAAAAAGCUUUUACCAAAUUAACAUUAAAAAUAUCCCAAUAUUUUUUUCAG